UCCGCCCACAAAACCACCUCAGACACUCCCAACAGGAGGCAGACGAGCCGGGCUCUCCCUCUGCUGCUGCAGUCACUGUAUCACUGCACUGAAGGAGCAACAAGGCUUCAUCCACAGACAACUGGCUUUACCAUCAACGUCUGGUUGUGCGAAGAGAAAGUGUGUGUGAGCCUCACCUCCUCAGCCUGACCAUGGUUCUGUGUGAGGACGGCGAGUGCAGCGUCUGUCUCCUGCCGUACUCCAGGAUGGACAGGAUCCCCCGCGUGCUGCACUGCAGACACACCUUCUGUGAGCCGUGUCUGGAGACCAUGUCGCGGGCCACGAGCGGCCUGCUCACCGUGGGCUGCCCUCUGUGCCGCCGGGUCACCUGCGUAGGCCGUGGCCUCAGCCUGCAGGAGGCGCUGUGGGUCAACAGCAUGUUGUGGGACCAGAUACCCGAGGACGGGGACGCAGAGGAGGAAGAGGAUGGGCUGAAACAGGAGGCUGAGGGGGAGAGGACAGACGCCACGCAAGAAGUGUCUUCACAAGCAGAAUGCUCUUCCUCGAGCUCCGGCAGAACCAAACUGAAAUUACCCGCAUUCCUCAGGAGGUUCAGUCUGAUGAAGCAGCACAGCGAGAGGAUCGUACCUGGCAGCAACGUGGAAAUGAAAUCGUGGCGCAGGCUUUCUGUUGACUUUUAAAAAGAAGACUCUGCCACAGCUCCGUCAGAGGAGGGAGAGCUGAGGCCAUUGUGAGCGAGGAGCCAUUUGUGUCCCUGUCAAGACAUUGUUUUGUCCUCAGCCAAAGGGUCCCCCCGUCCCCG